GGCUAACACUUAAUAUUGGUGAGAUUGAAAUGCUCGAAACUCAAGAUAAAACUACUCGCACUAAUAGUAGAACUGGAGCCCAUAAACCUAAAUAUAGAAAACAUGUUGAUCACAAUGCAUCUAUUGAUAUUGAUGAAAGUGAUUCAAACAACAAUAGUAAAAGAGCUACAAAAGGAACCCGUGCCAAUUACAAUUCAUCUAUCGAUUUUAAUAAAUGUGAUACAAAUUUAUCAGAAAAAAAUAUUGGAUCAGCACUUAAUGUUGGUGAGAUUACUAAUAAUAGAGUAAAAGACUGCAAACCUAAGAAAGGAAAAAAUCUUGAAAGUUCAAAAAAACUUGAUAAAAAUCUGCAAAGUAAGUAG